CCGACAUCUGAGGAAGUAAUUUGAUAGUUCGAAAAUGAAAUAUUGGUUUCGCUGCAAAUGUUGACAGGAAAAGUAUAUAUCUAGGCUUGGCAAAAGAAUUUUGAUAUAUCAAGGUUUGAGAAAGAAAAAUAAGGCAAAUUUCAGAUGUUGUUAUGUGAAACCUGGAUAACAGACUUUCGUUAGUUUUACAGAUAGAACAAAGUCAUCAUGUUGCAGGAAAUCAUAGAGAAGAUGUACAUUGAUCCAGACCUUUUGGAAGAACUAUCUGAUGAACAGAAGGCCAUUCUUUUCUAUAAAAUGAGACAGGAACAAGUGAGAAGAUGGAAAGAGGAAGAAAAUAAGCAUGAGGAGAGAAAGAAACCAACGAAGCCAUCUAAAGCAGGUAUUAAAAAUGUAAGCUUUAUGCAUGGAAAGGAUGGAAAAGAAUGGGUAUGGGUAAUGGGAGAUCACAGAAAUGAUAGAACAAUACAACAAAUAUUGGAUGAUGAAGCUCAGAGAAAUGCAGAUAAACAGGCAGAUAUUGAAUUAGAAAAACAAAGGAUGAAAGAAGAAAAAGAAUUUCAAAGGAAAAUAGAUGAAGAACAAAGAAGACUAGAAAGAGAGAAAGCAGAACGAGAAGCAGAACUCAAGAGAAAAGAAGAGGAAGCUGCUUUAUAUGCCUCACUUAAAGAGGCUCGAGAGGCAGCAAAGAGGUUAGAAGAAGAAAAAAUGCGAUCUGAAGAAGAAGUCACAUUAAGAGUCAAUGACUUAAGACUUAACGGAGUAAAUGAUUGUCAACAAAUAAUUCAGAAAAAGUUUGCUCUGGAAAGACGUAAAUCAAUGGAGAGAGUAGAGACUAAUAAAAAACGUAGAAGUAGUGAACUUUAUAUGAAAUGGAAGCACAUGAGAGAUUCUAUAGACAAACAAGCAUUAGAAACGAGUAAAGAGGUAGAACCUAUUUGGAAAGAACAAGAAAAGAGAGCAAAAGAUGCAGAAGUACAGAUGAGGCAGUUGGCACGUGAUGCCAGGGAGGAAGUUAGAAAUUCAUUUAGGCAUGUGGCUCGAAAUUUGACUGCAGUUUCUGCUUUUGCUUCAGGCAAAGAUAAACCUCCUUUACCUCCUAAAGAAGACAAUGGAAAUUCAGAAAAAAUUAAAGCACAUAAAAGGAAGAGUCGGCCACCAAGACCUCAAAACAAAGAUGCAAUUAUUGCUUGGUUUCAUGAUGAAGAAAGAGAACGGAGUGCUGGUCUAGACCCUCAAACAAAUAAACCUGCAGAAUGGUUUCAUGGUAUUAUUCCUAGAAUGGAUGCUGAGACUAUGCUUAUCAAUGAACCCACCGGUAGUUACUUAGUCCGAGUUAGUGAGAGAGUAUGGGGUUAUACAAUAUCGUACAGAGCAUCAGAUAGAUGUAAACACUUCCUUGUUGAUACAACAGAGAAUGGUUACCAGUUCUUUGGAACAAAUCAAAUCAAACAUGCAACUUUAGCAGAUCUUAUCUUAUAUCAUGUGAAUAACCACAUAACAGUAGCAGGUAAAGAGAUGCUAAUCAAACCAAUUGGACAGAUAAAAUCACCACCUGAUUAUUACGAUCUUUUUAAAAACAGAAGAUCAGAGUCUACGUCAUUGUAACACAGCAUUAUUUUUGUUAAUACCUUUCAAAUCAGACAACUCAUGACAUGUAAUUUUUUUUUUUGAAGAGCAUAAUACAUAACAUGCAUUAAUUUUAUAUAGAGUUAAAUGACAGAUGAUUAUAGUUAUUGGAAUAAAUUUAACAAUGGAAGAAGAGUGAUUUUUCAAGGUAACAGUACAUCUGAAUUUAGGUUACCAGUUUUAAACAUCAGAAUGAUAAUCUGAUAAAAGAUAAAGAAAAGAUCUACUAAUUUUCUUUUAUACUUGUUCAUUUUGUUUGAAAAUUUAUUAUAGCUUUAAAUUUGCCAUUAUAUAAUUUUUUUCAUAUAUGGCUGAUAAAUUGUAUUUCAAAUUUCACAUUGAAAUCAUGAUUUUUGAAAAAUCAUCUGUGUGUAUUACGCUGAUUAUGGAGUGUGUAGUUGAUAUUUUAUGACAAAAACAAGGUCCGGGACAUCAGGGUAUAUUGAAUAUAUAUAUAUAGCUUUACAUGUUUUUGAGUUGUGUGAUUUGAAUGGUUUGUUUUAGGUUCGGUUAGUGCUAUUAUUUGCUUUAUUAUCAUGUUACGGUUGUAAACUUUUAUACAGUAUAUGCAUUCCCAUAUUGGGGAAAUCUUUUAGUUCGUUAUGUGAUAAAUAUAUGCAACAGAUAUGCUAUUUCAUAUUUGGAUAUCUAUGCAAAAUUCUGAUACCUGUGCAUUCUGAUAUAUUUCAUUGAAAGUUAAUAAUUUUUACUUGUACCAUAAAGAAAAAUGAGUGAUGUUGGUUAGGGACUACUCUACUCAACUAUAGCUGUUAUCUAAGUUAAACAUUUCUACUUUACCUGUUCCACUUAUAUAAAGGGAUAUUAUUUUAUUAAUAGGUAUCAGUGGAGAGUUUAAUUUCAAACAUUGCUUUGUUGUUCUUUUUUUUUUUGCUUUUUGGAUGGAGUUUCUGACAGUUACUAGCUUAUUAAAUUUCUAUGAAUGACUUAGAAUUAAUGGUACACUUCACUAUUCAAACUUUAGGUAAUAAAAUUGUGUAAAUACCAGAAAAAUGACAUUAAUGCAAUUUCAACUACUUAAUUCUUGCUUAGCAUUAGUUUAGGAUAAAGUUAACUAAUUAAGGGAUUUUUUAUGCUACCCAUACAUUGGAAACUUAUUAACUCUUAUCAUAGAAUGUAAUAUUUUGUAAGAAGAAAAUUGAUAUUUCUAACAUACUGUAUCAUUAUAUUGUUCUGCAAUCGAAAGGUAGUUUUGAGGCAAUUAUUUGUAAUUUUUGAAACU